AUGAAUAGUGACGAUGCGAGAGAGAUAUACGCUGGGUCUAUUGGGGGUGCUCUGGCCACAGUAGUGGAGUAUCCUUUUGACACCAUCAAGGUUAGGCUGCAAGAUGAUCCUCGUCGCUACCGUAGUACCCUUAGUUGCAUUGCACAGAUUGCACGGCGUGAGGGACCCAUUAAUGGUUUUUUUAAGGGUCUUCCUGCCCCCGUCAUUGGUGCGGCAGCGGAAAAUGCCAUCUUGUUUUGCACCUACCGCGUGACCGUUAACGGCAUUCAAGAUAUUUUUUAUUCGAAACGGUUUGAACCAGACACAGAACCAUAUCAUGUGGUGUUUUCUGCGGCGGCUAUAGGUGGUCUUGUCGUAUCCACAAUAUUGACACCUGCAGAGCUUAUCAAGUGUAAAAUGCAGGUACAGAAUACGCUUCCAGCGCGAAGAAGAGCAUUCACCAAUUCUUUGCACUGUGCAAUGUCCAUCUAUAGUAACUUCGGUGUACGCGGGCUGUAUAAGGGGCACGUGUCUAUGCUUUUACGAGAGACUAUUGGCUGUGGACUUUAUUUUUUAACCUUUGAGUGUGUAAUUCGCAAUAUGUUACGCGAAGGUCAAGGCUUUACUGAGGCUUCGCCGCUUGUUCACUUUCUUGGAGGCGGGUGCGCUGGUGUCGCUUUCUGGACGGCUACUUAUCCGAUUGAUGCGCUGAAGACCAAAAUCCAGACCGGCAAGGGCGGGUACGGUGAGCUUUCCCUCGUCAAGGGAAUGAUGCGGAUGUACAAGCGCGAGGGAAUGCGUGGGUGCAUGCGCGGGUACACAAUAACCGCGCUUCGUGCCUUUCCUGGGAAUGCCGUUUUGAUUGCCGUUUACGAGAAGGUGAGCUUUUUGUGGGAAAUGUCGCGCCGGUCUCGUAACACGUCUGUUUGCGCGGCGACGUGCGUUGGCAGCACAUAA